CCUCUGCAGCAGGAGUCGUCAGCCUGGCAGAAACAUUAGUAAGCGUGUAUCAGCGCAGAGAAUCGGACGUGAUUAGGAGUUCCGCAUGGGAUCAGGUCCCUGCGAGAUGUGGCUGUGGUGUGCAUUGUGGAGCAUACUUGUCGCCGAGGCGUUGCGGGUAGGCACGGAGCGGUGUGACCAGGAUCGCCUUGCUAUAUACACGCUUCGGCUGGAGACGCACUGGAACCGUGACCUUUUCCCCAAACAGUUCCCCGAGUGGAGACCGUCCGCCCAGUGGUCUAGACUUAUCGGCCGGUCCCAUGACAGAUCCUUCUCCCUGUUCCGAAUUGGAGACACGGCUAGUGAUGGUUUCAAGACGUUCUGCGAAACGGGGCAGUCGGACGGACUCGAUGCGCAGAGUCAAGGCGAAGGGGGAGUGUUCGACGAAUUCAACGGGCCAGCUAUUUCUUCGGGACAGGGCACUUCUCUAACGGAGUUCUUCGUGGACGGGAACCACACCCAGGUGUCCAUUGCAGUUCGAAUCGUGCCUUCUCCCGACUGGUUUGUGGGCCUUGACAGUCUGCAGCUAUGUAAAAAUGGAUUCUGGAUUGACGCUCUGUCCGUUCAGACGGGGCCCAUGGACGCAGGCACGGACAGUGGGUUCACGUUCACGGCGCCCAACUGGCCGAGCGAGCCACGUCAGAAGAUCAGUCACAUCACGGCGCAGCAACCCAGCCACCCCGCCAACUCAUUCUACUACCCCGAGAAGAAACGCCUCCCCCCCGUCGCCACGUUCCACUUUCACAAGGACAAGGUUUACCACUUGAGUGAAGAUACCGGACAGAUGCCUAUCGACAAUCGUGUUCACACCAUAGAUGAUUUAGAAAGAGUACUGCUCCAGGAUGAUGUCAGCAAUGAUGUGCUGCCAUCUAUUGUGGACGACCAGACCCAACGUUCCAAGUCUAAAAAGCAUCGGCGGACAAGAAAGGGAACACGUCGGGCAGUGUCAUGCCAGGUGGGCGAAUGGGGGCCCUGGUCUCCGUGCAGCCUGUCUUGUGGUAUUGGAGAAUCUACAAGGAGUCGAAAGGUGCUGAAACACUCACGACGUGGGGGUCGACCCUGUCCUCCUCUUGCUGAGUCCAAAUGGUGUGGUGAGCACACUGCCUGUCCCCAGAGGUUUUUCAACUGGUGAACCUUCACCCACACUGUAAGCCAACUGUGAAGUGCGCACUCAAGACUUGAGCUAAGGCAGUUUGUGGUUGAGAAGUAAGAUGGGAUACCAUAACUUUCUUUGUGGAAUCCAUGGUGCACUGUAGGAACUCUGCUGAUAUUUACUAUUUUGUUGAUGCUGUGAUGAAGUUUUUUGUGAGAUAUGAUGGAAAUUAUGAGGGCCCAGAAACAGCUCUGACCAGAAACUGCUGAUAACUUCGAAAAGAAAUGUUUGACACUAAAUAGUCAGACAUAUUCAUAACACGUUUCCCUGCCAGUGUCUCCUGUGUUACAAUACUGGAAAUUUAGAUAAUGAAAAUUCUUAUGGCCACAAAGUCAAAAUAUUUUAAUAUGUGGAAAGUUUUUCUUAGGGAAGUGAAUUUAUUCAUAUUCAUAAUUAUGGACAUGCAGUUCAUAAAUUAUUCUCAUGAGUACAGAAAUCAUAUGUACAUAUUAUUUUGAACAGAUAUUAGCUUCGUACUUAUGCUGAAACUGCUGAAACUGAUAUGUGAAUUUUUUUUUUCAGUUGUAACAACAUCUUACAGUUAAUAUGGUAAAUCCUACUAAUUUUAACGGUUUGCAGAGAUGGUGAAAUGCUGAAAAGUAUGGAAUAACAACUCACUGAUAUGCACUUCCUCUCUAUGUUUGUGAAACCCACUACUCUAUUACAAAAAGAGAUACAAAUGUGGUUUCCAUGCAGGUUGUUAUAUUUGAGAUUGGAAAUUUAACAUGAACCAAUAAACAGUGAAACAGAACACGUCCCUCUGGGUCCCCUGCUUUGGUUUUUGUACAGUGAGCCAAAGUAAAAUUUACUGUCAUUGUUAGAUGUUGUUGAUACUUUUGAAAUCCAUAAGGCUCAGAUGUAUGUGACAUUCUAACUGGUUCAAUUCAUUGGGUUUUAAAUUCAGAACUGGGCCCCAUGUUGGGUUGGACUAAAUUACCAAACUUAUAUUGUACUUGGAGAAAUACUGAUUGCUGGGAAAAAGGAAAUGAUCCACAAAAUGUAUAAGAAACUUCCUGAAUAUGUAUCCUUAUGCAAUAAUAUAUUCAAAAACCUACAGUUUCUAGACUGCAGUGAUAAGUGUUAUUAUUAUGAUACUUAUUUUUAGCCCAUAGUAUUUUGUCUGCACAUAUUAAUCACACAAAAUUAAUCCCAAUUUGAACAGUUCUGAAAUUAUUACAAAACUUCCAUAUAGGUUUGCUGCAUAUGUUCGUUCAGCAGUAACAUAAUUUUUUCUGCCUUCAUCCAGUGAAAUUUCAAAAACAUUAUUCAUUGUACUAAACAUUAUCCUAGUAGGAAGAAAUUCUAAAAUUGCUAAUUUGACAGUGAGUUAUUCAUGACUGUGUGUUAGGUUAGUGAAAGGAAAGGGAACAUUGAGGGACCUGGACUAGGAAAUUGUUUUCACACUACUUGGGAAUUGAAAAAAUUGAGUAUGGAAUAAAUGCACGAAUGAAUAUGAAUAUAUUCAACUAAUACACAUUUGCAUUUUAUAUGUUUCUUUAUAUUUGUAAGAACUGUAGAGCUACAUAAUACAAAGCAUGGAACAUACUAAUGUAUUUUGAGAUUCAGAAGGUAUUUUAUAGCGAAAGUUGCAUUUGAUAUUCUCAGUAGCAUGCAUAUUUGAGCAUACAAUUUGCGGUACAGGUUAAUAUUUAUGAAAUGUUUUUGAGUAUACUAUGAAAUUGAUUUAUGUGAAUUUGUGACAGAGUGCACUUCUUAUUAAUAUGUGUUAUGUUUUGCAUAUUUAACGUGUCUGUAAACUUAAUACAACUUAUAAAAAAUGUAAAUAAUGUAAAUAUUUGUAUUAAGUUAUGUAUAAUAUGCAUUUCAUGUAAAGUAUAAGAAUAAAAUUAUUUUUGUGUGCAACUCGAUAUUGCUUUGGACUAACGAAUGAGCUGUGUAGUGCUGAAAUGUAAUGUUGUUGUUACAGAUAGCUGUAAUGUUGAAGUACAAGUGCUCCCGUAAUGUUGUUACAGAUAGCUGUAAUGUUGAAGUACAAGUGCUCCCGUAAUGUUGUU